AUUGUAAACAUGAUAUACUGAAAUGAUAAAGAAUUAAAUACUAAACAGUGCCAAAAUGAAAUUAGGAAUUGUGUGGUUACUUUUGACCUACACCAGGAAUUGUUUCUGUGUAAAGCUAUUAGAAGCAAAUCCAGAUGUGAAACGGCUAUAUGACGAUUUAUUGAGCAACUACAACAGAUUAAUACGGCCUGUCACCAAUGUUACCGACAUACUCACCGUCCGACUCGGUCUCAAAUUGUCACAGCUGAUGGAAGUCAAUUUGAAGAAUCAGGUCAUGACGACGAAUCUAUGGGUUGAACAAAAAUGGUAUGACUAUAAGUUGACUUGGAAUCCCGAAGAUUACGGCGGUCUCGAGAUGCUGUACGUGCCAUCUGAACACAUUUGGCUACCUGAUAUUGUCCUCUAUAAUAACUGGGAUGGAAAUUAUGAGGUGACUCUCAUGACAAAGGCAACUUUAAAGUACACAGGGGAAGUGAACUGGAAACCCCCAGCUAUUUACAAGUCGUCUUGUGAAAUCAACGUAGAGUACUUUCCGUUUGACGAACAAACUUGUUUCAUGAAGUUUGGUUCUUGGACUUACAAUGGUGCUCAGGUGGACCUAAAACACAUGGACCAGUCUCCAGGAAGCAGUUUGGUGCCUGUAGGAAUUGACCUCAGCGAAUUUUACCUGUCUGUUGAAUGGGACAUAUUGGAAGUGCCCGCUACUAGGAACGAGGAAUAUUACCCGUGUUGUCCAGAGCCUUUUUCUGACAUCACGUUCAAACUGACAAUGCGCCGUAAAACCCUAUUUUAUACUGUUAAUUUGAUUAUUCCUUGCGUUGGUCUCACAUUUCUAACUGUUUUAGUAUUUUAUCUGCCAUCGGAUUCUGGUGAGAAGAUAUCGCUCUGCAUCUCCAUCCUGGUCUCCCUCACAGUGUUCUUCCUUGGUCUGGCCGAGAUCAUCCCGCCAACAUCCCUGGCGAUUCCUUUGCUUGGGAAAUAUCUACUGUUCACGAUGAUACUCGUCUCGCUCAGCGUAUGGGUCACUGUAUGCAUACUUAACGUCCAUUUCAGGUCUCCGUCCACUCAUACAAUGUCACCAUGGAUGAAGAAAUUGUUCCUGCAGCUGAUGCCGAAGCUCCUCAUGAUGAGAAGGACCAAGUACUCGCUGCCAGACUACGAUGAUACCUUCGUGUCGAAUGGCUACACAAAUGAAUUGGAAAUGAGCAGGGACAGUCUUACUGAUGCAUUUGGUGACGCAAAGGGUGGCGAGAAUGGAGACUACCGCAAAUCCCCAGCGCCUGAAGAUGACAUCCUAUCUGCUAGUGCCCAUCAAAGGCCUUCAGUGACUGAAUCGGAGAAUAUGCUACCUCGGCAUCUAUCUCCGGAGGUAGCUGCGGCGCUGCAAAGCGUCCGCUUCAUAGCUCAGCAUAUCAAAGACGCCGACAAAGAUAACGAGGUAGUUGAAGAUUGGAAGUUCAUGUCAAUGGUGUUGGACCGCUUCUUUCUAUGGUUGUUCACAAUAGCGUGCUUUGUUGGCACUUUUGGUAUCAUCUUCCAGUCUCCAUCUUUGUAUGAUACCAGAGUACCGGUAGACCAGCAGAUAUCUUCUAUUCCCAUGCGGAAGAAUAACUUCUUUUAUCCGAAAGACGUCGAAACCUAUGGUAUUGUCAGUUAAUUUGUUAUACAAAAUUGCAUCCUACCUAAUACUAAUACUCUAAAGGUAACAGUGAAUUUAUUUUCUUUAAUUAUAAUAGUUAUAUGUAAUGCGAAAAACAUAUUACGCCGACCCCAAAUAAAUGGGAUAAGGAAGAAGCAGAUGAUGAUGAUGAUGAUGAGUCGAGAUGAGUUAUAAGUAUAA